AUGGUCAAAAGCAAAGCGCCGCAAGAGAAGAACAUCCAAGUGGUCGUGCGUUGUCGGUAAGUGAGAUGAAAAUCGACAGAUUUCAUGCACAGAAUUAUUUUAUCUUAAGUCUCUCUGUUCUUUGAUUAAUCGGUAGUCGUAGCCAGUCGAUCUAUGAACAGACAGAUUAGAUUUAGGUGGUUAAAUAACUCUAAGAUGUGAGUUAGCGAUGGAUGAUUCUUUGGCGUCUUCCACUGCUUUGGUGAUCAAGUUACUUGUAAUCUUACGUUCAAGAAAUCACAAAAAAAUUUCAUAUUUCCAAAUUUCUCAGAAUGAAUUAUCUCGCGCUCAUAUGGCUGUACAUGUAAAAAUAUUUUUUUGUAAAUAACGAGUGGAAAUAGCACAGGCAUCCAGAGGAUCGGGUCCAGAGUCCGAAUCCCUAAAGAUUAGAGUGACCGAACUCAAGCUGUUUGCUACAUCCCUGCCAAACCCACAACAUAAUGUUGGCAAAUAAACGGAAGAGAGAAUCUAUCAGAAAGUAACAGAUGUGUUUUCAUUGAUCUUUUUAUUUUCACCCCGUAUUUUUUUUAGGCCACGUAAUGGAAAAGAAGUCAAAGAAAGCUCACCAUCUGUGGUAAAGUGCCAGCCAUUGAAGAGGGAGAUUGUCGUCAAACACGACGUUGGAAAUAUUUCAUCGGCCACAUCUACAACAAAGACAUUUACCUUUGAUCGUGUUUUUGGUCCAGAAACCAAGCAGAUUGAUGUUUAUCGCUCAGUUGUUGUGCCAAUCUUAGAUGAAGUGUUGAUGGGAUACAACUGUACAAUCUUUGCGUAAGUCUACUGUAGUUUAUUCUGCUCGUAUUUUUCCUUCUUAUGUUUUAGUUGAUCAUAAUUCCUGACAACUGUAAGGUAAAUCAGCCUUAUAUAUCUUUUUAUAGCUAUGGCCAGACUGGAACAGGAAAAACAUAUACUAUGGAAGGAGAGAGAAGUCAAGAAGAUUGUUCUUGGGAAGAGGUUUGUGUAUAAUUAACAAUUAGAUUUCAUGUUUGUGUGGGUCUGUUUAGUAACAGAUCACAGAUAACUUCAAAAUGUGGUAAGAAAAAAAAAGUGGCACUUUGGGCUCAACUUAGUAUGUCACUGAUGCUUUUACCAAAUCUUGAUGUCUUCUGUGAUCUAUUACUGCACAGACCCAUGGCGACAUGGAAUCUGUUUGUUUUAUAUGAUAAAGAGCAAAAUGUUUUUUUAUGAUGAUGUCAUCUACAUGUCUGACCUCCAUUAGAUCAUUAAUAAGAUUUAAUCAAAAUGCAUGUUUAAUUCAGCUUAUCAUAUAAUGAUUAUUAUAGUUGUACCAGUCAUUUCUCAACCAAAAAGAGAAUGAAAUCAGCUGUGCCCUGGGCAAUGCACUCAUUGACAUGCCCAGUUAGUUGAAACAUUUAAUCCUCUUCUGGGGGUGGGGGGGGAAUGCAUCAUUAUACUGGUAUAAGAGAGGAUGAUCAUGGAAAGAGUUUAGGUACAGAAGAGGUUGGUAACAAGUUGCAGCUGUGAUUUCUUUUUGUCUGAAAUGAAAUGAAAGGUAUUCCUUUAAACUGGUGGUCGGAGAUCAACAAACAUGACAACUUGAGGUGGCUCAGAAAAGUUUUGAAAAAUUUUGGUUUGGUUUUUUUGUCCAUCAUCUAAAGAACAGAUGCUUUCCUCGUUUAAAAGGAAACAUUGUUUCUUUGUAGUUUGUUGUUGAAGAAGCAAGAGUCUGUAAAAGGUUUUAUGUGCACCAAAAGGGAAAACCUCCAACUUUUCUCCCUUUCUAUCCUUUACAUAUGUAAGCCGUCAUGGACUUGGGAAGUUAAAUCAGAUACUGUAUGUGUACCAUAUAACAAUCAUGAUGGGCAUUUGAGCACCAGUUUUGGAUAAAGGGGUUUCCCUUAAAGAGAAUGUUCAGUAACUAAACUGAUCCAUAGGAAAACAGCUGAUGACUAUUUCUAAAUACUAUAUGUUUUAUAAUUGGACUCUAUAAAUUCAUUAUUAAAUUCUUGACUCAUGUCUCCAAAAUUACCUCAUUCUUGAUUGUUUUAUCUUUUUUUUGGUGAAAAUUAUUAGAUUGUUUUCUUACAUGUUCCUUAAUUCUAGGAUCCCUCAGCUGGAAUCAUUCCACGAACCAUGCAUCAGUUGCUGGAGAAACUCAACAGUCAAACUGUAAGUUAUUUGCAUUAAGCUAGGAUUUACUUUGUAAAAAAUUUAGAAAGGACAGUGAAAGCUAACUUUCUGAUCAGUAUUCCUCACACACAUGGUCAAAUCUAAUUCUGUGGAAAAUUUGAAACCACUUCUUUGAGGGGUACAGAAAGGGUUCAAGAGAAGGGAGGUUCAGGUCCAGUUGUCCUCACCAGAUAAAUCAUAUUUUAAUGAUACCACCAAUUGCAUAAAACAAGCAGAAAUCAUUAAAACUAUUCAACUUUUUGCAUUCAGUAGUUAUUGAUAGCAAUUACUUUUGUGCAAUAAUUUGAAUUCAAGCUCCCAUUUUUCAUUAGGACUGUGAAUUCUCUGUAAGGGUUUCAUUUUUGGAGAUCUACAAUGAAGAACUGUUUGAUUUGCUGAGCUCAAGUUUGGACAGCCAAAAAAUGCGUCUUUUUGAAGACUCCUCUCGAAAAGUGAGUACAUUACAAUUAAAAGUGAAAGUUGAAUGUGAAAUAUUUAAGCCUAAUGAGCUACUGUCUUUAAUUCGCACUUGACUGAUUCCCUAUCUUUUUUUAUCACUACAUUGUUCAAGUAAAGAAGUGAAUUUUUACUGUAAAAAAUGUUUCGCUCUUCAGCUUUGUAGCUGUGGGCCUUAUUAUUAAGGUUUACUCUUUCACCCCUAAGAGUGACCAGCAUCUAAAUUCUCCUCACAAUAUUAGCCCUGGAUCAAACUUAAAGGUCACAAGAGUAAAGGAAAUGAUCAUGAACUCAAGAAAUUAUUGAUUAUUAAACAAAUUCUCCUUGUCAGCACCUUGGAAAUGUGUAGAGAACAGUAUGGGGAAUAUGGUUCAUAAUCAUACCUCUCUAUUCCAUCAGGGGUCUGUUGUCAUUCAAGGACUUGAAGAGCUUGUUGUUCAUGACAAAGAUGAUGUGUAUAACAUUUUAGAAAGAGGCAGAGCAAAGCGUCAAACAGCAGCAACUCUGAUGAAUGCACAUUCAAGGUAAAAAAGCCUAUUAGGUAUAAUGAGAAUGUCUUUGUUUUGUACUGGCAUUAAUUCUUUAUGAUUGUCUGAUAAGAUGAGUCAAGCAUGAACACACUAUGCUAUAAAGGAAGAUUGGUUAAUUGAUAAACAUGUUCUCCUUUUCACAUUAAAUGUUAGCUGUCCUUGUUUCAUGUAAAAGGAAGUUAUCUCUGAUUUUCUUGAUUGCUAACAGCCCAUAUUUUUUGCUCUAAUGAGUUCAUGAAAUCCCAUAAACCUGUCUCUUUGGAAAAAAUGAAUAAAGAGGGUAAGUUUCUAAAGAAACUGUGGUGCUGUGUUGGUGGGAGAGUAUAACAGGGUAAUAAAGUAUUAUCAACUGAGUUGAUAGUACUUGUAGUCUGAUGAAUAAGUAUCAAACUUGAUUUUUGCUGGUUCUUUGUGAAUAAACUUGCAUUUUUUUUCCACUUAAGAGCUUAUUACCUAUUGUUUGUUUCUAGUCGUUCCCAUUCUGUGUUCUCUGUCACCAUUCACAUUAAAGAGAAUUCUGUCAGUGGUGAGGAAUUAUUGAAGAUUGGCAAGUUAAACUUGGUCAGUAAAAAUGCAGUUUUCUAAAAGUAUGUAAUUUUUAACCUGAUGAUGAACCUUGCUGUAAUACAUUGGCAAUGUUAGUGGGGAAGCAAGCUUGUACUCUGCAGUUAUGUCUUUAAAUGUACUGAACACUUAAAGUAUAUUGGUAUAUGAUCAUUGUUAGAAUUAGUACACCUUACAGUACUUUAAUACAGGGCGUGAAAUUAAUUUAUUUUUCUGAUAGCCACUUUUUUCUUCAAAGGGUACAAAUUGAUUUUAAGUUUGGGAAAAGAUCUUUAACGUGUGGACACUAGGAUGGACGAUUUCAUCUCCAGCGUCUAGUUAUCAAUCGAGAUGCAUCUGUUGCAUUUUGGAAACAAACUUUCAAAUUUGUGACUUUAUCUUUGAAAUGUAUUUUCAAGUCGCCAAUUUGGCAACUAAUUUCCAGGAUUUGGUCAAAACAAACCAUUGUUUGUGCUAUUUUCAAAAUUUCAAAUCUGAAUGUAUUUUCUUUUAAAAACAAACCUCUAUAAAAUUUACUUCAUUUGGCCCACUCCUUGAAAAUGCCUUUUAAUUAAUGACUUUGAAGAGAGCACACAGUGUAGACUGCAUCAAGUGACUGUAUGGGUAUUUGAAUUUUAUAGGUGGAUCUGGCAGGAAGUGAAAAUGUUGGUAGAUCAGGAGCAGUUGACAAAAGGCUCAGAGAAGCUGGUAUGAAUUCAGAAUGUUAUAGAAUAACCUAAAUAAACAUACCCUAUAUUUAAAAAAUAUUUACUAAUUAAGAGCAAAUCAGAGGGCAUGCUUGAACUCACAAGAUAUUUAUGACCCCAACACCAGUAUGUAUAUUCUCCAUAAUGUUCUACAUGUAUGCAUUUGCUAAGGUGCUGAAAGGAGAAUUUGUUUCACAAUCAAGAGCUUCUUCAGUUGGUGAUCAUUUCCUUUAUUCUUGUAACCUUAAUGUAUGAUUCAGGGGGGGUAUUGUAAGGAGAAAUUGGAUGAUAGUCACUCUCAGGGGUUAAAGGAUUAAAUGCAGAUCCAACCCUUAUCCCUUCUCUUCAGAAAAAAGGUUUUUGUCUUGAUUGUACGAGUUACUUAUUUUCAGUCCAGUAUUAUCAAUACAAUUAUGAUAACACUUCUAAAUAUAUUAACAUGUUACAACUUCACUUUCCUUAGGAACAAUCAAUCAGAGCUUGUUGACUUUAGGAAGAGUGAUUACAUCACUGGUGGAACGAGCUCCUCACAUACCUUACAGGUACCACAGUGUUGAGUUGCUAAUUUCUUUAAGUAUGGACAUUGACAAGCCAUAGAAAUAGAGCAGUAGCCUGCAAACAGACAGCUUUUGGAAGGACUUAGGUGGAGUUUGCUUCUAAUGAAGUGGCUGGAAGGGAAGGAGGGAUGAGGAAGAGGAAUGGCAGAUUUUCUCUCCCCUCCCCACCCCUGUCCCCUCCUCUUUUUUUUCCCAGCUUUCAUAUUUUCCUCGUUCUUUAGCUUGCAAAACAGGCAUAAUUUGUUUUUGUGGCUCUCGGGAAUGGAAGCAAGUGCAAAGUGCAAGUCAUUUGCAAGGGAAGAAGUGCAAAAAAGCUUACCCUGCCCUUGCCUCUGUUUGCCCUACAAACACAAAAAGAUUACUGCUGUUCUGUUAGCUACCUCAUCCUUGUCUAGAGAGCCUGUUCAGAGGCUAAUAGACCUGGCAAAAAAUAUGUGCAUAUACUGUAUUGCAGCAUCCAUUCAGCAUGCUUGCACUGAUUUGAAAAUAAUGCUAAAGACCUGUUUUCCCCUUUGAUUUCCAAAUUCAUUUUUCUUUCCUUUUGGGGGGUAGUUGUUGUUUCUUCCUCACUUUGAAAAGACCAAACCAUUUCACUGGAUGGGGCAGAAGGGUGUCCCUUGUAUGCAGACCUUGUAAUUUUUUGGUGAUUGCUUCCCUCUUGCACAAACAGGGAGAGUAAAUUAACAAGGAUGUUGCAGGAUUCACUUGGAGGUCGCACUAAAACCUCCAUAAUUGCCACCAUAUCCCCAGCACUGUGCAAUUUGGAGGUAGGAUCAGUAAAUACAUGUUGAUGUUUACCACUGUUCAUAAAUCCAUUAGAUUUGUAAGACCAUCCACUUCCCAAAAAGAUACAUGUAUUCCCCUAUGUUUCUUUGAUGUGAUGUGUGACAUGGCAUUUCAUGGUACAGUCAGCACAAAUAGAGAAAAGAACAUCGACUUUUAUGAUGAAAUUUUUGAAAUUCCAUGGAAAGUGGAAAGCCCUGAUGGACUAAAGUCAGUGUGCUAUGGCCUCAUUUGAUUGGCAGUCACUAUGACAUCUGACAGUUGAUCAUUAGCAGCUGACUUUUGAUCUAAGGAGAAAGACCAACAUAAUGACAGAAGCAAAUUAUGGUACAUACAGUACCGCUCGCAUAUAUGUUAACCAAAAAAUGCACAUGAAAUGCACCAAAAAUCGCGUUCAAGUGCCAAUUUAAAAAAUGCAUGUAUCAAAAAAUCGCAUGUGCGCAUAAGCUUGAUACAUCUGUCUCAUUUUUAUGUAUGAGGUAGACCUUUUGUUUUUCUUUUGUUGGCGGUUUGUCAUUUUAAAAAAUAGGCUACAAUAUAAGAGCACUAAAAUACUACAUGGCCAUGACAGGUAAACUUUUUCAUUUCAAUCUCCGUUCGAACCAACCUUCCCAAUAUGCUGUCACAUACUGUAUGAUUUGAUCUUCUUAUUAAAGUAGAACUGAGGUUGAAGUGUGAUCUUGUUUUGAUAUCAGCUGUGGUUACUGUUAAAGUUAGAGAUUUGAAUUUUUCUGAUGUUGUAAAACCUUUUCUUUAUUCCACUUGAGAACGUUCCUGUCUUUUCACCUCACUCAAACCUCCUCCGAGACCGAAGGCUUCACUCUAAUGUUAUCACAUGCAUGCUGCAAAGUGUUAGUAAUUAUCAUAAACAGUAUUAAAAGCACCAGAUUGAGUUGUUGAUUUAAAAGUCAUUAUUCAUGAUGUUUUGUCUUUCAUUGUUAGGAAACUCUAAGCACUCUGGAUUACGCUCACAGGGCCAAGAACAUUCUCAACAGACCAGAAGUGAAUCAAAAACUUACAAAGAAAACUUUAAUUAAGGUACAGCAUGAUUGCUUAAAAAUCAAGACAAACAGAUCUUAAUAAGUUUUGACAAUUGUAUAGCUAUGUACAAUGUGCCUGUGUAAGCAGCUGUCUCUAAAAACAACCUUGUAUGCUUCACUACAAAAAGGAUUGGUAUUAAUAACAUUUAUUUAAUAACACAUGAUAUUCUUUCAGGAGUACACUGAGGAAAUAGAAAAACUUAAGAAAGAUCUUCUGGCAGCCAGGGAGAAGAAUGGCGUUUACAUAGCAGAAGAGAAUUACCAGUAAGUUUCCCUAUAAUGACAAGGUUGUCAAAGGUAGCUGGCAAAAAAUCACAAACAAAUAUUGAUUUUUUUUAAGACAUUCCUUUUUCCUUUUUUGAAGUGUGGUUUAUUCUAUUCACUGUAAAUUAAGAAAUUUCAGAAUGAAGUUCAAAAUUUCAUGUAGCGUCUUAAAGGAAAAUGAAUAUGACUGCAUUUUUUUUUUCAGUGCUAUGCAGCAAGAGAUCAAAUCUCAGCAAGAGUUGAAUGCUGAAAGAGAAGCUAAAAUCCAGGCCCUCCAAGAAGAAAUGCGAAAGAUCAAUGAAUUGUUCACUGAUACUCAGCAAGAGCUGGAAGAAAGAUGCAUGGAACUGGAAGAAAAGGAAACUGAACUGCAAAAAACCAACCUUUCACUGAAGGAAACUAAACAUACUUUAAGAACAACAGUCAUGGAGAGAGAUCAGAAUCAGUAUCUUGUUGACAAUCACAGCAGAAAUGAGGAUCAUCUGCACAGUCAGGCUUCUUCUCUUCUUCACACAGUUGAAGAUAGCCUUUCUGAUGUACAUGGUCUCCACUCAAAACUUGACCGCAAGCAAACUGUUGAGGCUCACAAUGUCAAUGCUCAAGAUACAUUUGGAGAGGAUUGCAAGAAUUUGAUUCAAAAAGUGAGAAAGAAUUUGAACCAGUUUCAAGGAGAGAACACUGUGUUCUUUGAUGCAAUGAAGAAAACCUUAGGUAGGUGAAGCCAUCAACGUAAGUAGAAUUGUUAAAAACUUGAGUUGUCUACUUAAAUUUAAACUUACAAAAUGUUGGACACUGAACAUAUCUUAACUUGGAAUGUUACUAGAUCAAGGAUAGAAAUCCAAUUCCACUCAGUCUUAAUAAGGAAAAUACCAAGUAGGGGAUUAUUAGUUGAUUCUACACCAAUAUCUCCAAACUAACAUGAUAAUGAUUGUAUGUCAGACAGUAAAGAGAAUUGCUAAUGAGAUCUUGGAAGUGUAAGAGCUAAUAAGUCUGACCUAGCAAUUUUCAGAAGAACCUGUGCACAAAUAUCAUACUCUUAACUUUGCAAUUUUGUGUCUACAGGGAACCUUGUUUCAAAGAAGACUGAUGAAUCAUUAAAACUGCAAGAUCAAAUGCAGAGUUUUAAAGACAACAUGAUUGUGCAAAUGCAUGCACUGUCCUCCAGAGAGCAGGUAUUGCUUAUUAACCAAAUUUGAGACAUUGCUUAUUAAGUGGUAAACUCAUUUAUUCUGUAUCACUGAAUACAAUUAUUCAAAAUAAAAGAGCAAAAAAUUACUUUAUAGCCUUAUGAAUAAUAAGGAUAUUCAUGUUGAUAGAGGACAGAUUGGCCAACGUUUUCGCAAAAUACACCUGUCCAAUACUUGUCUCUGUAUUUUGUCAACAUGUCAACAAUGUUAUUGGUGAGUAGUACCAUACAGAUAGCAUGAAAUGGUUUUAGACAAACCAGAUUUAUGUUGUACUGGUUAUCAUUUUUUUAACUAAAGGAAAAAGACAGUUCCUGUAAAACCUGGCAUAGUGAUGUUUCCAGUAAGGUUCAAGAAAACAAGGUAAAAGGACAAUUUUGUGUGUAAAUUAAAUAAACUAUAAGUCAUGGACACUGGCCAAGAAUGAAUUAUGACACAUCCUAUGCACUAAUGCUCUUCAAUGAUUUUUUGAAAUUAUAAUUACUUUAAAUUAUAAUUCUACUUGCACACUGAUGCCUCUUGUGGUAUAUGAGGCUGUAAAUUAAAGCUUGGGGAAUAACCACGGUAAUCUAAUAAAUGUGAAACUCAAACAGUCAGGCAGCUGGAAGAAUACUUGAUUUGAUUCUGACUGGUUAAUUAUGUACAGACCAAUGGCAAUAAAGCUCAGUAUUCAUGUACACAAGAAAACCUAGUGAAAAGCCGGAAACCAGUUAACAAAUAGAUUCCAAAUUGUGGUGCGUCUGUUCAGUAAUAGAUCACAAGUGACGUCAAAAUGUGGUAAGAACAAAAAAGUGGCACAUGAGGCGCAGCCGAGUGUGUCACUGAUGUUCUUACCACAUUUUGACGUCCUCUGUAAUCUAUUACUGAACAGACGCACAGCAACUUGGAAUCUAUUUGUUUUAUAUAAUAAAGAAUUAAAAAAAGUUUUAACGAUGACGUCAUCUAUGCGUCUGUCCUCCAAUAGAUCAUAAGUGAGAACCAAUCAGAAUGCGUGCAUGACUGAGCUUAUUAUAUAAUUACCACUACUGUCUGUCAUUUAGAUUUCUGACACCUGAUUUUCUUUUACAUUGAAACACCUCCCUUGUUUUGCAAUAAAUGGCUGAGCUAAAUCCCUCCACAUAAUGUUUGUUUUACUACAUUCAGUUUUUGAGAGUUCUGAUAUUUUGUUUCAGGAUAAUAUUUGCUCUGUGCUUCACACCCUCAAGAAUGAGGAGUUUUUACCCAAAAUGAGGGAACUUGAAAUCUCAGUUCAUUCAAUGGCUGCCUUUCAGAAGCAGUUUGCCACAUUUUUCAACGAUAAGGUAGAUGUGGCGCAAUUCAGCUCCGAAACAUUUAAUAUAUUGCACACAUACUGAGUGCCAAGCCAGUUUUUUUUUUUUUGCUUUAAAUUGUUGUUAAUUGAGUAAAUGUUUAAUGGCAAAUUUUUAUAUAUCAAUUGUAAAAUAAUGUUAUUUAAUGCUUCAAUCACAGCCUUUUAUAUCUUUUCAUCUGGGUUUUGCUAUCGGAAUCUCAGGAAAAAAAAUUUUCCUCUUAACACUAUCACCACUGUUGCACAUAGAGAGCUGGUCCAGCUGGCAUCAAAUUUUAUUAACAAUGAACUGCUGCCAAACUCACAUGCAGAGGCUUUAAUCCAUUGUUUUGAUUUAUUUAGAUGAGUAAUUUGUCUUCGAUGGUGAAAACCUUUGUGGAGGGCCAAGAGUCCAUGCUGGAGAGUUUGGAUGCAAUGGUAGACAGACAUUCACAAGAGCAGGUUAAUAAAUUGUUUACAAUAUGAUUUGUUAUUUCAUUUCAUGUUCUGACUGACUAUUUGUUUAGGUGACAAGACAAGUUGUUGCUCUUCGUGAUGAUGCACUUUGUGUAGGGUCCAAAAUUGGGACAGUUGGUCGCCAGUGCAGCAUAAGAAUUGACUGUUGACAAUCGGAAUGUUUGGCGAUGAUCUUCACGUCUCGUCAACGGUUUUCCUUUAGACCAGUCACCAAUGCUCAAAAAAGAUGAAACAUCUUUGAGAAAAUACAAUCAAAACGUCUUUGAAACUUUACCCACUGUAUUUUGCCGUGAGGUGAAAAUCUUUCAAUUGGCAGACUUUUGGGGACCAAACUGCUCCCUGGAGUGAUUAAAACAGUAAACCUUAGUUAUUUUGCUCUGAUUUAUUGUAAACAUUGUUUGCAGUGACUUUAAUUUUUCCGAAGGACUUAAUUUCCUUCCCUUGCAGGUUCAAGCAUUGGGAGAAAUAACGAGUAAGACAGACUCGAUGGUAAACAACCAGAAAACCCUUGUAAAGGUAAGACAUUCAUCUAAAAUUUUAUGGACAAUUUCUUUAUCAAACCAGACUCCAUUUUGUCAUGUCCGGGUUCAGUUCAAGGUGUUAAACAGUGAAGUCAAUAGCGAGUGAGAACAAGACAGGAAGUUCUGUUACAGUUGUGGAAAUCUUUUUAUUUUUCAUACCCAUUUCCUUGUUAGGAGCUCCAGCAGACAUUCUUCAAGCAGAUGAUGUCGCUAUUUCAAGAAGUCAAUGACAAACAAAGUGAAAAAUUAUCAGAAGAUGCAAGCAAGGUAAGAGAUCUCCUGUUACGUGAAUUCAAAAUAAUUGAAACAAAAUCUCUCAACUUUUAAACUAAUUUUUUUUCCUUGCUUUAUCAUGAUUAUUUUUUCUUUUUUAAUUUCACUUCUUCAGGUCACAGAAGUGACUUCAGAGGCUCGAAAACAAGUAGAAAGCGCUAAUACCAAUCUUAGAAGGUAAUGUAAUGAAUGAAAGGUUGUAUUGAUUAUCAUAAUAUUUUAUUUUCCGUUUUUUUCCUAUAGCAGGGACUACAGGCUCUUCCCUUCGUUAGAGCGCCUCGAAGUCUACGUCUGCUAACGUUAGUUUUUAAAGUUAAUUUUGUCUGUUUAAUCUCUCGCUGUAUUUUUAUGAUUUUAGUUACUGUGACUCUCUGAGGAACUGUGCGUCACAAUUUUCUGAAAGCUGUGAACAUGCUGUCAAUGACAACGUUAUCCAGGCACAGAAAAGUUUUAAACAGGUAAUUGGAAGUAGCUCUGAGAACUGCAUGUUCCAAUCCUCUCAGAGGGUUUAGAUUUUCUUUGUUUUUCUCUUCUACAGGCUGCAGAACAAAUCCAGGAAACUUCAAACAUUCAUAAAAGCGUCGAGGACGGUGUGGUAAACUCCUCUCACAAAGUUGACCAGGUAUACGAACUUGAUAAUAUUUUGUUUUUAUAGUUUUCUUUUUUUCAUUUUAUGUUUUUGUUUCGCUUUGUUUGUUCGUUUUGAUAUUUGGUUUGUUUUGUUCUGUUUUUGUUUUGUUUUUUUCUAGCGGGAAACGCAAAAAUAAUAGACCGUGUUUUAAGUUAAAGCAUAAAAAGUGAAGAAAGUAUUUUGACAUAGUAGUCGUGAUUUUGAUUACUUCUACUGAAAUUCCGCUUUCGUUUGCUAUUUCGCAGCUGGCCAUGCAAUGGCAAAACAUGUUGGAAGAAUCGUUCACACAGCAUCUUGAUACACUGAAGGGCUGUUCAUCUCAACAGCAGAAUUCAGUCAAGGUAACAGGAUCUUAGAGUGUUACCUUUUAUUUCUCUAGAGAUUGUAUUCUUUCCUAAGGUGGCCUUUUUACGAGUAAGGGGAAAAAAAUACAAACUCAAGCCUGUAUCUUUUUUCCCACUCAGGAAUGCGAAAAACAGGUAAAGCAACAUUAUAGUGACGUAGAAAAUGCACUAGCCGCGCAUGGACACUCGCUCGAAGAAUUCACCAAGACCCAAGAGCGUCUGCUGUCCGACCAAUCAGAAGGAGUAGACACAUGGUCACAUGACCAAUAUAAAACUGUUGACCAGGUUAAUACCAGAGUGACCCAGUUCCUACAGAGAGAUUUGAAGCAAGAUCUACCAACAGGUUUGUGAUCCGUUCAUUCUUGUUGCUGCGCGACGUCAUUUCAUAUAGCUUUGAAGUAAGUCAUUCAAAUGAACUUGGUUCAAUGGCCUCAGCACUCUCUCUUAAAUCAGAUUUCGAGCUCAUCGGCUCGUAGCCAGUAAGAUUUAAAAUUUUGUUCAGACUUAAGAUUGUGUCCCCAAAAUAGAGGUGUCCCCCCCAAAAAAAAUAGUUGUGCCGCAUGACGUUUUGUUCGGUGUCCACUUUUCUCACCGCAAUCACGCAGGCAAACAAUAGCGAUACAUUGUUUUCCAGGAGCCACUCCACAGAGACGUACAUUUGAGUACCCCACCAAGCUGAUAAGAACAGAGCCCCAUGAUGUUCUGAGAGAAAGGUUCCAAGGCAGUUACGUUCCGCCUGCACUAUCGCCUGAACCACAGCCCAUUAAGGUACAUUGAAGUAAAACCAUCAUGCCAUUUGAGGUGUAACCACUUGCUUUAGUAAAGCAUGUCCCUAGAUAACUGGCGGUCACGUAUUUUCUUUGUGUUACUUUCUUAGCAAACCAGCACCUUCCUUUGCCUGCUUUUUCUUGUUUUCGUUUUCAGGAAGCUCUUUCAUACUGUCGUGUUUUUUUACUCUCGCGUCUUUUAACCCAUGUGUCCUUGAGGUCUGAUGCACUUCGAGGCGACAGGUCUCUCGGAUAAACUGCUUCGUUUGUUCUGCUUCCUUACCAAUUGCUGCGAUCAUGGCAUAAAUUCAAACCAGUUUUAAGGUUUUUGUUACCAAUCCCUCAAAGGAAAAAAAAUUCCUUGUCAAACGACGCGAAUUGGUCAGCUGUUCCUUAACAUCUUGCUAAUGAAGCUUGUCACUAAUACUUAGACGUCAUCGUGAUACCUGAUCUGUUUUUUCCCGCAGAGUGUAUCAAGUGAAGACUCUGUACCAGUAUUUGAGUUAAGUCGAACCAGCACUGUGAGUUCAGACAAUGGCGUCUACCCACUUCGCAACAGUGAGGGAGAUUUACUUGAUGACGACAGCCUUGAGGAUGGAGAAAAUGAUGCUCAUACUACUGCUGAUGAGGCUGUGUUUGCAGAACCACGGGUAAGAAAGAUUGCACUGCAUUACAAGUGCGCUCAAUCGAAAGGCCAAGACUAAAUUAUCGAAUAAGCCAAUCGGAAUAAAGGAAAACUUCAUAGGUAGCCAAUGGGAGCUCAAAGUGAAAAUACGCUGACCCUUAAAGCGCGGGAAAAAGUGAGUGACUAAGGUGCGAUUCGUGAGGUUUGUCAUCUGAUUGGUAGAGAGGGUGGCGUGAGCUUUAAGAGAAGCAAAGCCAGUGAAAUAUUGAGACAGAGAACAUGAUGCUGGGUUAUUUUCGACAGUUUUUAAACUUGAAAGAAUAAAAAUCAAGAAAGGAAAAGCAAGGGAUGGAGAAGAUCAAAACAGAUUCCCAAUUCGAUAAGGGCACUAACCGUGAGUUGGUCCUUAAACCACGCACAAGCUUUGGUUCCAAGUAUGAUAAUAGUACUGCUGCACUACGGUCCCUUCAGACUAUAUAAGGAAGGGACCCCACGGGGGAAUAGCAUGCACUCUUCCGGAUCAGCCAUAGAGCUAAUAACAUAGAAUCUGACGAAAGCGUUCUUUUUACUAAUGACUCUUUUUUAACCAACAGGCUGCUGUACCACGCCCUAAGGUCUUGUCUGCCAAGAAGCCUGUAGACAAAGAGAAUUUAAAGACGACAGUGAACAAAGCGUCAAGUAUUCCUGACCUUACUGGCGUCGGCAGCAAGAUUCCAUUGGUAAACAAGUUUAAAACUCCUGUGGACCGGAUUAAACGUCCCCUGAGAUCGAUGAACACCCAGUAAAAUGAUAUUUACAAAGUAGAAACAAUGAUCAAUGUAAAGUUUAUUUGCUACAAUUAAGGUGUAGGUGAUUGAAAUUGUACAGGGUUUUCAUUUAGUUUUGCUAGACCUAACUCCCCCACGAAACUCAAAUUCGACAACAGUUUCAGAUUCUAUCUGAAACUAUCAAUCAAAGGGGACCCGUUUUCUGCUCCCGUUAAAGGCGCAAACAUUUACCUGGUAUUGUUUAUAGGUUUUGAAUUUUCUUUGAGUUAUUUUCAAUCUCGUAUGUGUAAACCAGAUUGGCCGAGAGGUUUAAUUGUGAUAACAAGGCCAAUUUCAUUUAUAUUAUUUUCAUAAUUUUGUGUAUAAUCGACUUGUAUCAAUGGAUAGUCGAUGGGGGACUUCUCUGAGCUCUGGCAGCCAGUGAUAUCAUCAGUGAUGACCAGUGAUAAAGUAAAGUUGAGAAUUUCUCAUAAUUUUGUCAAAGGCUUGUGAUCAUUGUCUUUAUGCAAGAUUAAUGCUGUUAAAAAAAAUUUUGUAUGAACUUCCCAAAUGUUCUAUAUAUUUUACUAAAGAUAAGUUUGUUUAAUUAUUGUUUGUCGUAAGAUGCAAUUGUGAUUCUGUGUAAGGAAAAAUACUCGAGAUAAUGCGAAAGUGCUAUUGAGGCGUAUCAAAUGUAUCCGAAGCGUAUCAAUUGUGACGAUUCAAACGAAUCUGACUUCAAUGAACGCGUCCAAGUAAGCUUAUUUUGAUGGGGGCCUAUUGUUCGUCUGAACAAACCCUUCAGGCUGUUCAAUGUAAUAUAAUUUAUCUAAUUGAUAGAUCCUAACUGAAGGUUGGCCAAAUCAGUGAGAAUGCGUCUCGUAUUGGACAAGUUGGUGCUGUUAUGGGUCGAACUUAAGUAUUUGGGUAAACAAACACCAGAUUUCUAAGAUCAAUAGGAAGACUGGUAUAUAUUAUGAUCGUGUACAUAGCUGCGUCAAAUCUUACAAUAUUCUCUGUCGACUGGCUUUAAUAAAAAUACCAAAGUUUAACC